AUGGGGAAGAUGGGUCUGGAGGGGGGUUGUAACGGCUGUCGUAGGUGGAAGAAGGAGAAGACCAAGAUUAUUCCUGCUCUAUUCUCCCAGUCCAGUGAGGAUCCCCAGAUUAUACCUGCUCUAUUCUCCCAGUCCAGUGGUGAUCCCCAGAUUAGUCCUGCUCUAUUCUCCCAGUCCAGUGAGGAUCCCCAGAUUAUUCCUGCUCUAUUCUCCCAGUCCAGUGAGGAUCCCCAGAUUAUUCCUGCUCUAUUCUCCCAGUCCGGUGAGGAUCCCCGGAUUAUUCCUGCUCUAUUCUCCCAGUCCAGUGGUGAUCCCCAGAUUAGUCCUGCUCGAUUCUCCCAGUCCAGUGGUGAUCCCCAGAUUAUACCUGCUCGAUUCUCCCAGUCCAGUGGUGAUCCCCAGAUUAUUCCUGCUCUAUUCUCCCAGUCCAGUGAGGAUCCCCAGAUUAUUCCUGCUCUAUUCUCCCAGUCCAGUGAGGAUCCCCAGAUUAUACCUGCUCUAUUCUCCCAGUCCAGUGAGGAUCCCCAGAUUAUUCCUGCUCUAUUCUCCCAGUCCAGUGGUGAUCCCCAGAUUAUACCUGCUCUAUUCUCCCAGUCCAGUGGUGAUCCCCAGAUUAUACCUGCUCUAUUCUCCCAGUCCAGUGAGGAUCCCCAGAUUAUUCCUGCUAGAUUCUCCCAGUCCAGUGAGGAUCCCCAGAUUAUUCCUGCUCUAUUCUCCCAGUCCAGUGGUGAUCCCCAGAUUAUUCCUGCUAGAUUCUCCCAGUCCAGUGAGGAUCCCCAGAUUAUUCCUGCUAGAUUCUCCCAGUCCAGCAACCCAAACCAUUAA